AAGAAGGGUACUCAGUCCCUUGUUUGAACAGAUCUUGGCGAAAAUUGCGCUUCUACCACUUCUCGUGCCUUUCGAAUCGUUUGAGUCCGUCCACAGUAUGUCAGCCACGCUUUCCGAGAUUCGUCAAGGGCUCGUGGGAACGUGGAAGCUUGUUUCCUACGUGAGCACACCAGCUGGACGCUCCGGUCCGGUCAAUCAUCCUAUGGGUGCUGAUGUCCAGGGUUAUAUCAUCUACGGGGAGGAUGGAUAUAUGUCUGCCCAACUGAUGACUCCCAGCUCAAAAUUAUACAAGGACUCAGAAAAUUUCCUCCAAGCCAGUGAUGACGAGGCCUCCCAAGCCGCCCGCAACUAUCUUGCAUACACCGGUCCUUACGAAGUCUUUGAACUUGAUGGCAAGCCGGUGGUUCGCCAUAUUAUGAACCUUUCUCUUGUGCCUAAUUGGGCUGGCCACGACCAACUACGCCGCUGUGAGUUGAAAGGCUCUAGCCUUACUCUGGGACCUACUCAGCCUUGGAGAUUGAAUGGAGUGCUUGUGGACCAAACCCUGACCUGGACGAAGGUGGGCCGCCAAUAAGUUUGGAUUUUCAGGCCCGUUCAGGCAAAUUAUCCGGAUUUGCAAUGACCAGAAGCCUGCAAAUAAGAUGGAGCGAAUGUCUGGAUUAUUAAGAGAGAACAGCUUUCGUCCAGAGCUAGAAUGUCUAUAAUGGCAGAGGUCGGAUAUUUACCGAGUUCCAAGUUUAUAUAGAACAAAUGAGAGAGCUCUUUGACCAGAAACCCUAGGUUCGGGACCACGGCACAGGUGACCAACGGAAACUUGUUUGAUAUUGUUGGGACAUGGCAAGAGCCUAUUUUAUCAUAUUACAAUCAGAAUGGUGUGGGUAUUCAUAGGUACACUAUGUCGUGUUCCAAACCACACAAAAUCUAAACCAAGACGGGGAACAAUUUAGAUCGAG